AUGCAGCUUACGAGGCUGAUGAUGAACCCUCUGCCUGCAUACCAGAAGGAAACCAUCGAGUUCCUCUCCACUCUCCGAGUUAACUUCUACGAGCCUGACGAGAUCGUGCCUGAGGGUCAUGGAAGUGGAAGGUUCUCCUUCCGAAUCAACAAGAGGAAGUACCGGAUGAGUUUCAAGGAGCUGGAGGAUGUGUUUCAUUUUGAACACAAAGAUGGGCGAGAAACAGAGCCUGGAACGCCACAAGGCAGAGCUUCAAGCCUUCUGGGCAAUGAUCGGAGUUGGCGAGUACAUGCUAGCACUGCCAAGAGCACACACAUCAGGAACCCCGUGCUCCGAUACGUCCACAAGGCCCUCGCUCACACCAUCUAUGCGAGGCGAGACGUUACUGGUGUCACCGAAAAGGAGCUCUUCUUCCUAAAUGAAGGGAUGAAGAAGGUGAUUCACACGUUGCCGGAUGGACUGAGAUGGUCGGGGACAAUCAGGGAACAGCGUGGCGACGUAUCUUCUCAAGAGCUUCCUCAGCUACAGGGAGUAUGCUCUCUCUCUCAACAAAGUGCACAAGGCAAGCAGUGGUCAGCUGAGCUGUGGAGGACUCAUAACGCCGAUCCUCAUGAACUGGGAAUCACGCUUGAGAAGCCGGUCGAUCCUCAGGCGAUAAACAUCCAGUAUCUCCGCAAGAGCACCUACCUCGCGGUAAACCCAUCAGCGGACGCCACAACUAUCAGUUCGCCUAUAGGCAGUUUGAAUACCGGGCUGGCGAGUUUCUUCCUCCGAACCACCCUUGACCUACAUCACGGUCAGGAGAACAUAGACUUUGAGCCUCCUAUCGAGACCAUUCUCGAGCAAGGCCAAGAGGAGGAAGACUACGCUCACCCUGGAGCAGCUGGCGAAGGUGAGAGCUCAGGCGACGUGGAGAACCUCAUGGACUACAAAACCGGAGAGUUCCACUUCAAGAACCACGAGAUCAAAGGGAGGAAGUCAGCGGCUAACACCGCACUUGAGAGCAUCAACACGCUAAAAGCCUGGAACCAGUUCCAGGACAAAGCGAUCAAGUCCCUCCUCAAGACCGUGAAGAAGAUGGGGAAGCGCAUCAAGCAGCUGACCAAGGGCAAGAGCAAGUCUCCCAGCCACGACUCCGACAACACUCCUCCGAUACACCUCGGUUCCUAUCAUGACGACGACGUAGUCGAGGACUCCGAAGAAGGUGAUGAAGGCUCCUCCAAAUUCCAAACGGCAGAGACCUCAACCAGGAAGAGGAAGGCCUCGAAGUCACCUCAAGCGAGCACAAAGGGUGAUUCCACAUCAUCCUCCUCCUCAGAUUCUUUCUGA